ACAAAACAGUGAAGCUGAUGGCAGCGGGGACGGGAGUGUGCGGGAGGAUCGGGGUCAGCAAGUGAGCGCGGCGGAUGAGGAAUCGCCGAAGUGCAGCAGCGAUUGCAGCCGGCUGCGGCUCUGGGAUUUCACUGCAAGGGUUUAGAUCGGAUCGCAGCGGCUCGGAUCAUGCCUCGGCCAUCCAUUGUAGACGUGAAGGUGCAAGACGUGCAGAAAAGACGGAUCCCGAAUAAGCACUAUGUUUAUAUCAUUCAAGUCACAUGGUCCAGUGGUUCCACAGAAGUCAUCUACAGACGCUACAGCAGGUUCUUCAAUCUGCAGAUGCAGUUGUUGGAUACGUUCCCAGUGGAGGGAGGCCAGAAGGACCCUAAGCAGCGUUAUAUUCCUUUCCUGCCAGGUAAAAUCCUCUUCCGACGAAGUCACAUCAGGGAUGUUGCAGUAAAACGGUUGAAGCCAAUAGAUGAAUACUGCAGGGCCCUGAUCCGACUACCAGCCCAUAUCUCUCAGUGUGACGAAGUCCUCCAGUUUUUUGAAACAAGACCCGAAGACUUAAACCCGCCAAAAGAGGAACCAAUUGCAAAGAAGAAAUCUGGGCUUGCAAUAAUCCAGAGAACGGCAUCGUUUCUAAAGAGAGGUGGAGAUGGGACGUCUGCAGACCAGUUUUUCCUGGAUCAGUAUGUGGCAGUGACCAAUUAUGACAAACAGGAAAGCACUGAGAUUAGUCUGUAUCAGGGCCAAGUCGUGGAAGUAAUAGAGAAAAAUGAAUCUGGGUGGUGGUUUGUCAGCACAUCUGAUGAGCAGGGUUGGGUUCCUGCCACGUGUCUGGAGGCCCAGGAUGAAGCUCAGGAUGACCUUUCAAUUGUUAGUGCCAAGCCAGGGGAAGAGGAGAACUUUGUGGUCAUUUAUCCAUAUUCGGCAAGAGAUAAUGAUGAGAUUGAUUUGGAACGAGGUGCAGUGGUGGAAGUUAUACAGAAGAACCUGGAAGGCUGGUGGAAAAUCAGGUAUCAGGAUCGGGAAGGCUGGGCUCCUGCUUCCUACUUGAAAAAGGCUUCAAAUGAUCUAUUGAGGCAGCAGAUAACUUCCGGGCAAUCUAUCCAUUCAAGUGCAAUGGACCUUGAUGGAAUUGGCAAACAGCCAAGCUCCACUAAAGAGAUCAAAGAGAAAUCUUCUUUAUUUGACCAGAAAGAAGAAAAGGGGGCAGCAUGUGUUGAAUCAAAAGGCAAGUUAUCGAACGUGAGACAGAGGCCACCACCACGCAGAGAUCUUACUGUGCCACGUGGAUUGAAUCUUCCCAAGCCACCAACUCCUCCAGAAGUGGAAGAAGAGUUUUACACAAUAGCUGCUUUCCAGACAACAAUUCCGGAUGGGAUUAGCUUUCAAGCAGGACAAAAAGUUGAGGUAAUAGAAAAGAAUUUAAGUGGUUGGUGGUAUAUUCAGAUAGGCGAUGAAGAAGGGUGGGCUCCAGCUUCUUUCAUCGACAAGUACAAGAAAUCAAGUAAUGCGUCAAGGGCAAAUUUCCUGCUUCCUUUAGCACAAGAAUUGGCAAAGCUUAAACUUCCAGAUACAGCCACAGGAAGCAGCACUAACGAAGACAGUGCCUUUAUAACCAAACCCUUGCCUAAAGAGCCACAAUCAAGUGAUAUUGACAUACUGAAGGAUCGGAGAGCAAGGGAUCCUGGUAAGAGCCCAGCUUCUGACAACAAAUUCAAUUCUCCAUCAAAUAUAGAAUGUCAGCCCAAGUCAUGUUCUCCUUCAAAUAUAAUGAAGGAUGAUGCUUCCAAGUUUAAUAAAGAGAAAACAGUCUUUCCACCAAAAAAGGAAUCAAUUAACAGCAAGUUUGAGUUAGAAGCAGCAGAUAAACAAUCAAAGGGGCCUUCACCAAAGCUCCCUGUACCAGUGGGCAUUUUACCAGUGUUGCCACCAAAAAUGACAUCGAAAGGAGACAAGAAGCCAAGUGCUGAAGCAAGUAAAAUGACACAGCCAAAAGGACAUGAGACGGGGCCUAAGGUAUUAGCAAGUGAAAUUGCUAGGCCUAAUCUAAAGCCUGUAGGAAGGCAAACAAAGACAAAGCCUGAUAUAGAAGACAAAUCAGUGGAACAGUCUCCAACUCUACCACCAAAGCCAAAACCUCUGCUGAGACCCAAGCCACUUCCCAUCACAAAAGGAGAAAGUCAUUCAGAGUCUGAAGUUGAUAUCUCUAACCUGAGAAGCAAGUUGAGAAGAGCAAAACUGCCAGAAAAAGUGGGGGAGCAGGACUCUUCCCAGAAUGUUAUUGGCAAUCAAAAUUACUCAAAUAAUCAAUCCUCAGUGGACCUGCGUAACAACUGUCAUAGGGACACAGAAAAUGAAUCUCAAGUGAAGCAAGAUUUAGGAAUGAGCUCCAAAAUAAGUGAUGUGAAAGUUCUUUAUAGAGAACAAAAUGGUGUAGUAAAUGAACUGAAUCAUAGGGAUGAAUCAAAUAUUGCUGAUGAGAAAGCAUGUGCUUCCAAGGGUUUGAAAUCAAUUGAGAAGAAAAUGGACGAUGCUCAACCAAAGGGUCCAUUCUCAGCAAGCAAAGAAGGUCUGCCUCGUCCAAUCGUGCCACCUAGAAGGCCUCCACUGCCAAAGAAAACCUCUUCAGAAUCUGCAGACGUGAAAGCCCAGAAAGAUACUGCCUGGGGACAAAAUAAACCUGCCUUACCUCCACCAAGAUUUAAAUCCAGCUCAUCUCAUGAUUACAACAAAGAUGAUGUUAAACCUAAAGGAGGUUCAAAGGAGUUCCUCUUAGCAAAGGGAGCUGUUGCUUCCAAAAUUCACGAACAGAGAAAGGAGCCAAUUAAUUCUCCAAAAGUAACAGAAAGACAGGCUGAAAAGGAAAAGUCUAAUGCUGCAUCUGUGUCCAAAGAUGAAGAAUGCCUAUUUGUAGCUCUUGCAGAUUUUGCAGGAGAUGAGGAGACCGCUGGAUUUAAGGAGGGAACUGUUUUUGAAGUAUUUGAAAAAAAUAUUAAUGGAUGGUGGUACUGUAAAAUGCUGGAUAGUGAGCCAACAUGGGAGGGCUGGGCCCCUUCCAACUAUUUAGUCAAAAAAUAAGUAUCUUAGUAUAGUUUUGUUUCUAAGCACUGCAAGAUGCUUUUUUUCCAUAUGUAAUAUUUAAUUAGGCCAAUAAUUUAUAGUUUUAAGCUUUCCAAAAGCAACUUAAUACAUUCCUUAUAUUUUUUUCAACCCAAGUUGGAACAACAUGGUGUUUAUGGCCACAAUAUACAAGAUUUCAUUAAUUGUUAUAUUUGCUCUUUUUUAUUUAAAAAUCAAAGUAUUUAGUCAUGAUGGCUUUACAAGUCAAAGACCAAUAAAUUAAUUUCCUGCUGGUAACAUGAUGGAGGUUAGGUGGUUUGGGAUCCAACCUUGGUAAUUUGCCAAAAUGUUUUAAAAUCUUAACUGGAACAUUAACAUCCUGGGAGUAAGGAAACGAAUCAUAAUGCCUUCAGAAAUGACCAAGGGUCAUUGGGACAUGUAAAUAGUUGUUGAGAGUUCAUAAUAUCACCAGCACCAAGAACAAAGAGAAAAAAUGUUCAGUCUACACAGUCAGAAAAACAAUGUUAGAUGCUAACAAAUAAUUGAAAAAUUGUUCACUUACUCCAAACAUAGUUGAAUAACAAGUGAAAUUUUGAAAGCCUUUAUUUUAUCUAAAAAGGUACUAAUUGCAGGUUUCUUGAAAUAUACAUCUUGUAUGAACAAAUUCGGCCAAAGCACUGUUGUUCCUUCUUAAUGUUAACAUUAAUCUGCAUCACGUUUUGUAUUCUAAUUAUUUUAUAUUGUAUUAUUCUCAAAAAGUAGAUUAUGUACUUUAAAACACCUUCAUUGAUAUAUUACUUCAGAAGGCCAUAAGAGUUACAACUAUGAUUAAAGGGGAUGCAAUAGUUUAGCCACUGAUAUAAUGCACGCAAAAGGUUUAACAUUCACUUAUACACACAGGCAACAUGUAGCGUGUGCUAGUUGUAGAGCUUCCCUACAAAAGAUGGUGCAUAUAUAUUUCUGUAAUCUAUACAUAGCGAAACUAACCACAUUCAGAGAUGCUGUUGGUAUAUUUCAAAUACUUCAAAGAACAAGGAGCAGUUAUGUGGAUGAAUGACGCUUUCAUCCAAUCAGUUAGUUUGCGAGGUUCUGUAAUGAUCAGGGAGGUUGAAAUUUAAACAAAAGCAGGAGGAUUUCCUAAUCACUUCAAACAUGAAGUUCACUGUUAUAACCAGUGUACUAAGAACAACUCCCAGAUUAAACAAAAAUACUUCUCUUUUCAUUUUUAUUGCACAGAAUAUGCUUUUGGCUAAUUCCUCAUGAAUGUAAUCAACAUGGGGGUCUUUCUUUACAAGAUAAAACAUUAGUUGUAAUGUAGCAUAGAGUUAACCAAGCUUUAAGAAGACUUGACUGGUAUCAAGUUUAAGUCUCUUGUUUCAAGAGUCUAUAAAUGUGAAACUUGUUUUAAAACUGUAUAUUAACAUGACUUGAUCAAAUUGAACACUUCAAAGUAGCAAAAGUAGAAUACCUCACAUUUGAGCCAGGGAUCAUGAACAGUAUCACAUCAAGCAACACCAAGAAAGAAUAUUGAAGCUAAGUCACUGUGCAAAUAGAGCAUUGUUAAAAUAUUCUUUCAUCAUAACCAAUGUUUCUGCAGCACUGGAAAUUACAUUAGUCAAAUGCCCAUUCCUGUUCUUUAGCUUUGCUCUUGCCUUACAGUGAACACUGUCAACUAAUAUUGUUGAAUAAUACAUUAAUUCAGGGUGCUUAAACACAUGAAUGUGACUAGUAUAUUUUAAUCCAAUCACUUCACAAUUACACUGCUUUGUAAAAGUUGCCUUUGACACUGAAGGUGACGUGUAUUGCCAAAUGUACCUGGAGUGGAAGCUUGACCAAGGGAAUUUCCAUGAGUUUGCCCAUCACAAGAUGAAAUGUCCAAAAGAUUACAUUUUAAUAUUUACAAACUUGCAUUGUGCCAAAUUGUGUGUAUAUAAAUAAAGAUAUACUACGUUGCUAAAAUCCCAGCUCAUAAAAAACAAUGUGUUAUGUGCUAAUCCUGGAGCAUUAUGAACCAAACCUUAUGCAAGUCCCAAAAAGGUUUGACUUGUUAAUAAAUUAGGCACAAGACCUCAAAUUUCUCACCACUUCCAACUCUUGAGCUAUUCCUUAAGUUGUAUUGGUAUCCUGUGACUUUGCAGAAAUGGUGGACCCAUAUUAUUAAUAUUGUACAUCUCCAUAAAAUUAUGUUACCUGCCCUUGCUCAUACGAGUUAUGAAUAAAGAUUAGUUCUCAGAAAUGGAUUGGAUGGUAUUAAUGGCUGCAGUUAUCAGAAAGUUCCAUGUUUGAUCACUUGUGUUUUUUUAAAAAAAAAUGGGAUUAAUGACUUGUUAAAAAUAAAUGCCAACGAUAUGCAUAUAUUUAUAUAUAUCCCUAUUUGCUGCUGAGCCAAGGAGGCAGCGAGAGUCAUCCAUAUAGGUAGACACAAGGGACUGCAGAUGCUGGAAUCCAGAGCAAAAAACAAACUGCUGGAGGACCUCAGCAAGUUGA